AACACUCGUAGUGGCCGCAGUUCCAUCAGCGUUGUUGUAAACGUACGCGUUUAGCCGAUUGCUAAAUCAUCCGUCCCGACUAAUCGUAUUUCGUAACGUUCGAAAUUAAUCACUUGGCGAUUAACCACGUGAUCGCUCGUGAAAAUGUUUAAUUGUAUCAUCACGGCGGACAUGUAUAUAUUCGCGCUGCAUAUUGACAUUGGAUAGUUUUGUCCCGUUUCGUGAAAUUUGAUCGCACUCAUGAGCAUCAAAUUGAAAUUUGACACGACGGACGCGAGCGACGUAAUAUCGGCGAGCAAUAAUGUUCUUUUUUAAUUUAUAAAUAUUAAUCUUUCGUUUCUAAAAAAAAUCCGUGAGAAAAAUAUUCAAAAGUUUUCAAAUAUACGUCGUACAUUUUACGUCUCGUUUCUACUCGUUCUGUUAUUGCGAUCUUGUGAAAAUUAUUCUUUCUGACACUCUUCUCCAUAAUUUACGUACGUGUCUGAAAACUGCGCGGACACCUUUUCAAGUUUGUUCUCUGUGUGAUCGCUGACAGAACUGUCGGAAACUCGGAGUAAAUCGGAGAACUCGGAUUGGCACUAAUUAAUUACGGAAAUCCACGUUAUUCACUUGAAAAAAAAUACCAAAAAAAACUGUAUAAAAUUGACAUUUUUCCGAAACAUCUUACACACUCGUGUCUGUGCUCUUCAUCAUUAAUUUUUUUUGCAAUUUUUCUCAGCGCACGUUUGUGUAGGAACAAAACUUUUUACAUGGGGUAAGAGAAAUUUCGGUAAAUCUUGGAAAGGAUUAUUAAACUUCUAUCGCAACAAAUCACGAAUUUAUAUCUGAAUUGUGUCUGUGACGCAGGUGCAUUCGCCGCGCGUUAUAUUUGCAAAAAUAAUGAAACGAACGUUUAUUAAAUGAAGAGCAUGAUAAUACAGAAGUAAGAGAAAAGUUAUUUAAGGGAACGAACUCGAAGAUGAUAUCGACAGGAUGUUUGGUGUACGUGUACACCCGGACACGUGUGUACUCGGCGAUUUUAACGAAAAAAACCGUGAUGAGAAAACUUGAUACGAUCCGAUUCUUGUGAACAAAAAAGAAAAACAGUUAAACUUGCCUGUUGAACGCGGAGUGUUUUCGCAAAAGUUCGAGGAGAGAGAAAAGACUGAACUUGACAUAUUGCGUCACGACCUUUACCUUCUGUCGUCGCGCAAGUUCGUGUAACUACCGCUUUUAACGAAGUUCCUUCACACGCUCUUUCUUUUUAAGAAACUCGACAACACACACACUCUCCGGUGUUCAGGUUUUCAAAGACAUUCUUUCUCACGUUUUUUCAACAAGAUACACGUUCGUGCGAUAAAUAAUAAAGUCACGUUAAACGUGUGAAUCUAAAAAAAAAAAAAAAACAUUGUGAAUCUAAAAAAUUGCAAGAAUCCUCGCGAUCCUUCCUAACAAGACUAAACAUGUCAGUGCUGUGUAACCGCCUCGAAUGCGCGUCCCGACAUAUCCGAAGCGAGAGGAUUUGCGAGAGAAUUUCUGUCCCGAGGGCGAACGCAGAAUCGACGUAGUUCAAACAGGAAAGUGAUUGAGAAACUCGCAAUAGGAGAUGCGCAUCCGGUCUCAGCAGCUGGGUCUUCGAGGAAAGUCUAUGAAGACAUCGACGCAGGAAGGCGACUACGUUAAUUUGGAAAACAUGGCCCGCUUCCAGCAGAAGCAGCUGCAGGAGAAGGAGCAGAAACUGCUGCAGCUGUACGACCAACAGCAGCAGAGAGCCUACCAGGUGGUGCAAAAGGGUAGCGCGGGUUCCAACGGGUCUAAUCACGGUUCCACAGUUAGAACCACAACGACCACCCACACGACCUCGACCUCGCAAGGCGGCAAGGUGAGGCAAAUGUUCGACGAGAGACGGCAAACCACCGUGAAAGGGAUCGACAGAAGUUACCCGCUCGAACCGCUCGAGAACAGACUGCGAAGGCAAGCGAACGGCAACGUGACAACGCAGAGAAACGGUAAUUCGACAACGGUGAAUCGACAAUCCGUCAGCGUGAGACGCGUGGCGCGCGCGGACGUCAACAGUAACGUCAACGGUGGUAAACCCGUCGUUACGUAUCACGAAGAAAUCGCUCGCGAGUCAUUCGGCCCGUCCGCACGUCGUCACGAUGACGUGGACGAAUUCGACGUCGAGAAUCGCGUCUCCACGUUCGCGAACGGACACUAUCGUCACGAUGACAACGAGCACGAGGACGUGUUGGAUCACGACACGAUAGAUAGAAACCGCAUGAUGGCCAAGAUCCAUCUGAUGGGAUUCGACGAGACUCUGAAGAAUCGCGUGAGAAACGAUUUGGAGAGCGAGGAAUUCCCGGAUUACCUAAUGGUGGACGUGCCCGAGAAGUUGCCGAAGAGAAACGUCACGAAGAAGUUGUCCCAGGCGGAGGCGCGACUCGAACGAUUCAAAAACGCGAACGCGAAGAGGAGCAACAUGACGAAACAAUCGAACCCAACGAGCACUGUGAUAAAGAAGCGAUCGGAGCAAAUAGUCCCGGCAAGAUCGAAUUCUGGAAGGAUCGCCGGAAUUUUCACGAGCGGCGGCGCAGGAAGUGCUCGGUUUACAGAGCUCAAUCAGAGAACUCUUGGGAAUAGAAAAACUCCUCUCCCACUCAAGUCUGUCAAAUCCCGCGUAGCCGACGAUAUAUAUAAGAAAAGAAUGGAGAAUAACCCGGAUGUUGAGAUACUCGACCGACGGGGGGAUAGUCCGCGAAGUUUCUCGGGAGGCUGGAGAAGCUUCGCAAAACCGGAAUCCACUUCGUGGACUUAUCAUCCCGGAAGUAAUGAUUUCAAAUCACCGGGAGAUGGAAAAAUAUUUGCGAAGCCCGACGCGAGUCCGCGAUUCUUUUGCAAAGAAUCCGAAAAGUCCGCUACAACUAUGAGCAUCGAGCCGAGAUCCGAUUCGCCGUUAUUUUAUCGACAAACAACAGAACGACCGUCGUUUUUUCUUCACGAAUCCGAGCGGCGACGAUCUGGAACGAUUCUCGGCGAGUCCUACUCACCGAACAGAAUCUCGUCGAGGCAAAGCAGCUCGAGUCCUCUCUAUCCUUUUCGAGAAUCCAAACGAUACGAGACGACUCUCAAUGCGGCUCGAGAAGCGACCGGACCGAAAUCGGUGGAGAGACGAAACACCGCUCCGCAAUUUUAUUGCAAAGAAUCCGAACGAUCCGCGACGACUAUGAGCAUCGAUCGCAAAGUUAGCGAAUCCAAAUCGCACGACCGAGCACCAAAGCGAGAAGGUACAAGUCCGGGCGAGAUUUUCAACGAGCGACGAUCGGCAAAAUUGCCGAAAAACGUCGCUCGUCGAGAAUACGACGAAUCGUCCGGAAUCGCGCGCGGUACGAGUCCGCAGUUCUUUUGCAAGGAAUCCGAAAAAUCUGCUACAACAAUGCUGAUCGAGCCGAGGAGACGAUCGAGUCCAACGAGGAGCAUAUUAAAACAACGCAACUACGCCUCUCCGCAUUUCUUUUACGAGCAAUCUCUAUCAAGUAACAAGAAAGCGAGUUCUGAUCAUCGUUCGAGGCACGAGGUAAAAACUAUCGCGAAGGGAAACGAAAUUCCCGACGCUGUUACACAGACGCGCAGAUCGUCCAAGAUUUCGGAAACUUCCGCGUCGACCAGUUCGAUCGCGAGCCUGAAGUACGGUCUGGAAUUCGAUAACAUUUUGCAAUCGGCGGGUCUCGUUCGGAAAUUUAUAAGAUCUCAGCGCGACGCGGAACGGCGCGACGCUCGUCGAUCGCCUACGAAACGCGAUAUCAAAAAUGUAAACGCCUCGAGAAAUAAUAAAUCGAAGAUCGGAUUUGAUACUUGGUCGCUUUCUCGAAAAGCGAGAUCGCCGAUUCUCGCCGAAAGUAAGACGAGAUUCACGCCGGAAUCGCCUCGCAAGAGUGUCACUCCGAUCGAAGUUGACAUGGAGAUUCAGGAGAUCACCAUGACCGACCAUCGUAUCGAGAGCGACAGAUUUCGAGGAGCGACAACUCCGAAACGGCAGAAUAACGGAACGUACACGAAGCCGAUCGUCGGCGACAGAACGAAAUCGAAAUCUUGGAUCACGUAUCCGAUUGUGCGCAAAACGCACAAACAGAGAACGUCCAUCCUGGAUUCGGACGUCUUCAAGUCGAGGAGAGAUUUCUCCGGGAAAGGUCACCGAAGAGAUGAUGAAGACAAUGCCGUUGGUUUCUCGACCGGAAGUUCUCGGCGUGCGAAUCGUCGUGAGGAAAUGCGAUUCGAUCGACCGCGGAGCUUGCGGUCCGCGCAAUUGACGCGAUACACCCCAAAAGACAAAACCUCGUUGACGAAGAACGAACACGCUCGAGGAGAAGACGUUAAUAAAAUUGUAACGUCAAAUGAGGUUAACGAUAAGAUCAAUGUUAAGUAUCAAACGAUAGUCGAAAGCGCUUUAGGUGGAAAGAUCAAAGGCGGUAAGGAUAUUCGUUCUCUCGGUCGGAUCGCAGAUAGAGGUGGCUCCUCUCGAAAACCGAUCCGGACGCCGAUGAAAUCGAGCACCUCGACGAGGGAUACGAUUUCCCUGAAAAGAGGAUGCGGCGAGCAACACGAUGCAAAACCUCGAGUCUCGUUGCGGGUCUCGAAAAAAACGGAAAUUUCUCGCGGCGUUAACGUCCCGAGAAGCUCGUCUCGUAAAAUUACACCGAAAUGGGAUCGAUAUUCAAAAUGUUUGUCGCCGAUCGCGAGAAAAUCGACAACGAGAUCGUUCGAUGAAGGAACGGGUCGCGCGAUCGAAAAAUCGACAGACGCUGAGCGGAAAGCGCUAACGCGACGAGAAGACAAAUGUGAACACGAUUUGAGGAGAAUGGACUCCGUGGAGUCGGCAUUGAGACGAUUCGACUCCAUAGGCGCGGAAUCUGAAUUUCCGAGCGACCGAACGUCGUCGGCGAUUUCCCUGCGAAUGAUGGAUGCGAAACCUCGCCUCGUCGGGGAAUCGAGCGCAUCAACGAUAAUCUUGCGUCGCGAGAUGACGAGUAAUAAGAUUUCAAACUCGACCGCGAGAUCUUCGGAAUCCGUCCAAGAUCGCGAAAUGAAGACCGCGGCGCAGCGUGAGAGAGAUCUGAAGAUUUUGGGAAAGCAAAUAUCAACGUCGUCUAAGAAACUGGCGAAACUCGGAAAUUCGAUCGAGAACAAGCGGGCGCGGACGCAAACUCGAUCUACAUGCAAACGGCAACUAUUCGCAUCCGAUUUGAAGAAGGAAACUCGAAAAGAAUCGAGUAACGCGAAAACGCGCAAAAAAGCAAAUUACAUAUCCGUAAAUCGUAAAUCGCGCAAAGACGAUGCGGGUUUCGUGUCUCGCGAGAUCGCGACGAGAGAAUCGGAAGAAGAAACGUCAACUGUUUCCGUGAGACCGCUGCGAUCAAUCGAGGAUAUUCGAAAGUCGAUCGAUAAUAACGAACUAAGUGAACGAACGACUAUCACUGUUACGAAAGAGUCGAGGUCGGCAAUUGCAAACCGGUGUUCGGUCUGGCGGGAUGGCGACGCGGAAAGAUCGAUUCGCGCGGCACAAAAUGCAUUUCUCGUGGGUGAUCGCGCGAGGUCCAUUAAAGCUAAGUCCUGCAUAUCCAGGAUUACGAAGAGCCCGAGUCCCGAUCCGGCCGCGAGGAAGCACGAGACGAACACGCGAGCAAUAAGAGGAAGUGCUUCUUCGUCUCUCUCGAAAAGUCCUGAUAUCCCGUCCCGGCGCGCGUCCACAGAAUUGAAGAAUCAAGACGCGAAGCCUUCGAGAAAGUCAGUUACCGCGAAAGGAGCGGAUCUUACGGGAGGUAAGGGGGCCGGAACAUUCGACGCAGCUGAUGGAGUCGCGAACGAUUCGCCGCACGAAUCCGCGACAAAGAAAUCCAGCGCCUUUGUGAUCGACUUCAACGGCUCGUCGAAGGAAGACGACACAAUGCCGUCGAGAAAACCGCCAAUGAGGAAGACCUUUAGCGAUAAACAACAAAUAACUCCGAAUACAGGUCGAUCAAGUUCGUCGUCAAAUUCCAGUGUUAGUUUAUCUCAAGUUUCCAGUGCAAAAGAUAAAAUGAUAUCAAGAGCUAGAACUUCUGCAGGUGACUUGGUAGCAUGUAAAACAUGCGGACGUCACUUUGCGCAGGAUCGCGUCAGCCUGCACCAGCAAAUUUGUGAGAAAACGUUGAAAAAAGAAAGGAAGAAAUUUGACACGGUACUGUUUCGAACCAGAGGAACCGAUCUCGAACCUUUUGUGAAGAAAGGCUUUGUCAAGAAGCAAGAAGCCAAGUCAAAAAAGCAGUCGCCAACUAAACCGGAUUGGCGGCGCAAACACGAGGAAUUCAUCAGCGCGAUCCGUUAUGCCAAGCAGGCGCAGGCGUAUCAGGCGGCAGGUAAAGAUUUGCGCGACCUGCCACCACCGCCGCCCAGCGACACCAGCGAUUACAUUCAGUGCCCGCAUUGCAACAGAAAGUUCAAUCAGGCCGCCGCGGAACGGCACAUUCCCAAGUGCAAGGAUAUGCAGCACAAUAAACCCCGAUCGUUGAGAACGAGGCGCUAGAGAAAGCGCAUCGAUAUCGACAUAUACUUUCUUUCCGCGAGUCCAUUUUUUUGCAUUUCUCUAAUAUAAAUUAACGUGGGAUCAUAUUCUCUUUUCUCCCCGGAAUUCUGCAAAUUACAAUUAAUAUUCCUCUUUGUGUUGUCAAACUUUACGCGAUUCGUAGAAGUUAAAUGUUCGUGAGUUAUAGAAUUGAAGAAUUUAUUUCCGACUUUUUUAAAUUUAAAUUUUACGUAUGUAAACAUUACAGAGAGAUUAUAUAAAUGAUAUUUUUUUUAUAUAUAUUGAGAGACCUACUAUAUAGUUCUUUUUUUUAAUAUUUUAC